CCCCCGACGCGGCCCCGGGCCCGUCCGCCGCCAUGGCCCGGCCGCUGGUGCCCAGCUCGCAGAAGGCGCUGCUGCUGGAGCUGAAGGGGCUGCAGGAGGAGCCGGUGGAGGGCUUCCGCGUGACGCUGGUGGACGAGGGCGACCUGUACAACUGGGAGGUGGCCAUCUUCGGGCCGCCCAACACCUACUACGAGGGCGGCUACUUCAAGGCACGCCUCAAGUUCCCCAUCGACUACCCUUACUCCCCGCCCGCCUUCCGGUUCCUGACCAAGAUGUGGCACCCCAACAUCUACGAGACGGGGGACGUGUGCAUCUCCAUUCUUCAUCCCCCCAUCGACGAUCCCCAGAGUGGGGAGCUGCCCUCGGAGCGGUGGAACCCCACCCAGAACGUCAGGACCAUCCUCCUGAGCGUCAUCUCCCUCCUCAACGAGCCCAACACCUUCUCUCCGGCCAACGUGGACGCCUCGGUGAUGUACCGCAAGUGGAAGGAGAGCGAGGGCCGGGACCGCGAGUACACGGACAUCGUCCGGAAGCAGGUCCUGGGGACCAAGGUGGACGCGGAGCGGGACGGCGUGAAGGUGCCCACCACGCUGGCCGAGUACUGCGUGAAGACGCGGGCGCCCGCGCCCGACGAGGGCUCGGACCUCUUCUACGAUGACUACUACGAGGACGCCGAGGCCGAGGCCGACAGCUGCUUCGGGGACGACGAGGACGACUCGGGUGCCGAGGAGUCCUGACCCGCGUGCCGGCCGAAUAAACGUCCAGGUGUUACCUCA